GACAAAAGUCUCUCAAUUGAUUCCAGCUAUAUAAUCUCUCCUCAAAAACAUUAGACAGACAGAGUUUGAGAAUGAAAUGAGAGAGAGAAGUUUGACAAAAAAGACAAACAAUCCACUCACACAAAACUCCACAAACAACAUUUCCAACAAACACAAAUCAAACACAAAGAAAGAACCUUUUUCUUUUUCAAACUACUCAUUACUCUCUCUCUCUUGAUCGUGGUGGUGGUUCACUUCAGCUUAUACUUCUUGUCUUCUUCUUCUUCUUCUCUCCAUCAACUAUGCAGCAGCAGCAGCAGCAGCAGCAGAGUGAGAUGGGUUUUCAAUGGCGAUGCUAAGAAUGGUUCAUUCACAUUCACAGUCACACAACAACAACAACCACAACAACAACAACAAUGACAACAACACUCACUUGCUCAAACCUGUCCUCCGUGAUUUUCUAGGCAUGAAACCCACUGAUAUUCCCACCGACCUUAGGUUACCGGAGGCAUCAGCCUCAGCCUCCUCCGCCGCUGCUCGUCCCCUUUUCUCCUCCACCUCUGAAACCGCUUCUGAAAAGCAGGUAUCGAAUCAUCUCGAGGGAGUUCCAUACUAUGGUCCAAGAAGUGAUUUUUCUGGCACUGAGAUAAGUAAUAGACUAGUGGGGAACAAGAGAAGUAAUUCUGAUUCUUCAUUUAUGGGCUCCUCUAGAGAUGCCUUUCAAAUGGUCCCUGAUUCCUUCCAAAACUCGCAUUUGAUGAAGGUCCUCCGAAAUGCGUCUGGAGGAGAAAGGUCUAGAAGGCCUAAUGAUGAUGAAGUGUUGCUUAGUAUGCAGUCAAUGAAGCCAUCUUCUAGUUCUCAGAUAUUUCAUCCUCCCGCCAACACUAAAUUUGAUGCGAAUAAAUGGGAAAGGUCUAUUCUCAUGAAUGCUGGCCCUUCCGUACAGCAUCCUCUGCGUGGAGGACAAUUGACUCCUUUUGCACACCAAUUAGCUUCAAACAAGAUUAGAGAUGCCAAUGCCGGCCCUUCAUUUAUCUCUCAGUCUGCAGCUGAUGAAGGAUCAAGAACUGGAAUCAAGGGCCCUGGAAUUUUAAGUUCCAUAAACACAGGUGCUACUGCUACUGAGAAAAUUUCGUCUGCUGUGUUGCUUGGUGGAAGCAGGCCAAAGCCUCUAAGUAAUAUAGUAGAAUCCUCCACACCUCCAAGUCAACAUGGGCUAACACCUACCAGCCGCCAGAUGACUAUCUUUUAUGGAGGUCAAGCUCAUGUUUUCGAUGAUGUUCACCCACACAAGGCAGAUGUUAUAAUGGCUUUGGCUGGAUCAAAUGGUGGAUCUUGGUCAACAACAUUCUCUCCGAAAUCUGCUGCAAAGCUGGUUAAUGAUAGUAACUUGCAUAGUGGAGAAAAUGAAACAGGAUUAGUGAGUAAUGUGGCAUUCCCACAAGAGCUUCAUGGGAAGCUGUCUUUUACUGGCAGUUCUAGCCGUGCCGUUGGGCCUGGGGAUCGUGUGUCUACUCCAGCCGGGGCACACCAAGGAAGCAUUUUUGCUAAAGAUACGAGAAAUCCAGUUCAACCAGCCAAUCCUAGUUCCGAAGACAAAAGACAUCAGUGAAUAGAGUUCGAGGCUAAAAUGCUUUUCUCUUCCUAUUCAAUGGAAGUCCGAAAAACUUUCUCUUAUUUAUUCUAAUUAUUAUAGGGUAUCAUCCUCUUUUGUCAAAUUUUCUCAUAAUCUUUCAAGUCCUUUUAUAUAAAAAGAUUAUGUGGGGAGCUAGAGUAGGAUGAUUGUUUAAAGAGGCCUAACAGAUACAUCAGCUAAAUUUAUGAACAUCAUUAAAAAUUAUCUUAUUUUGCAGUUUGUUAGUUUCUAAAUCAGUUACCUUAUAAGAUGAAGUAGAUUCUUGAUAUGAUUAGGAACAUCAACUUUAUAU